AUGAGCGAGCCCGAGCACCUCCGCGUCACGUACAAUGACGUCCACAACCUCAUCCGCAAGAGCGCGGAGAAGAUCGCGGAGUUCAAGCCGGACAUGCUCAUUGCCAUUGGUUUCUUUCCCGCCCGUGUCAUGCGCACUUUCUUGAAGCAUCCUCAGAGCAAGAAAAACAUUCCGAUCCAUGCUAUCGGGCUCUCGCUCUACGAGUCCCUCCCAGACACGACCGAGGAGCAGAUUGGCGCGGAGGUCAUCCGCACCCAAUGGCUCGGUCCGGAGUCGGGCAAAGUCCUCCUUGGGCGCCGUGCGCUCAUUGUGGAUGAGAUCGACGAUUCGCGCAAGACUUUGCAAUACGCGGUCACCGAACUGCAGAAGGACGUCGAGCGCGAGCUCUUGCUGCUGCCGGAAGCCGAGCGCGACGCGAAGCGGACCAAGUUUGCGGUGUUCGUCGUGCACAACAAACUGAAGCCGAAACUCGGGUCGCUUCCUGCGGAAAUACCCUACUACGCGGGCGAUGAGAUUGAAGACCUCUGGCUGGACUAUCCUUGGGAAGCGCAGGACAUCGAGGAGCACGACCGGCUCGCGAGCCUCGCGAAGCAGAAGACGACUUGA